AAGACCUCUCUCUCUGAGGGUUUUCCUCGAGAGCCAGUGCGCUAUUGGGUUUCUUCAGACCCAGCAAACCCCUUUUUCCUAUCCAUGCUCUGAAUAUCCGACCGGUGUAACCACAAGGAGCGAUCACAAUGUCCCUUGGAACCCACUUGCUCUUUGGAUUCGUUCUGUCGCUUGCCACGGUAGUGAAUGCCGAUUCACAGGAUGACAUGUUCACCUGUGGAGGAUUUAUCCGAUCUUCGAUGCCGAUCCCCUUUGAGAAAGUUAAAGUGAAACUAUUGACCACAGCGGGGAACUUGAAAGCGGAGACCGAAGGGACCGCAAACAAUGGAUACUAUCUUCUCCCGGUAUACGACAAAGGGAAAUACCAGCUCCGAGUAGAGGGUCCGAACGGCUGGGCAUUCGACCCACCAGCUGUCGACAUCGACCUCAACGGGGAAGAUUCCUGCUCGCAGGGCCGCGACAUCAAUUUCGAAUUCAAGGGAUUCUCUGUCAUGGGAAAAGUCAUCAGUAAGGGCUCCACGAAUGGCCCCGCCGGCGUCGAGGUGAUCCUUGUCGACGCGGGUUCCACCCGGACGGUGAAAACCCUUGAGGGUGGCAAUUUCGUUUUCCCGGCGGUGCCGCCAGGAGUUUACAGCAUCAAGUUCCGCGGGGAGGUCGCCGCAGUCGAGGUCAAAAACGAUAACGUACGACUCAAUGAGUCCGUUUUCGUCAUCGAAGGCUACUCGCUAAAAGUGAGUUUCACUGAAAACCGCGCUCCAUGCCGUCCCAAUUGGGAUCUUCCAAAAGCGAAGGGGAGCGUAAUUCUCGCCCAUAAGGACAACGUCCCGUGCUGCGGUCGCAGCCUGUCGAAAGACCUCCCCAAGGGAUUCUCACUUCCUGCUGAAUAUCAUGUGUCGUGCGUCGCAAAAAUCUCGACCGACGGCUCUUACGAAUUCCCCUGCGUGAAAGCGGCUUCCAAAUACGCUCUUUUCGCUCACGUUCUCACCCAGUCCGGCCAGGCGGUGGACAUCAGCCCCGAAAAAAUGGAUCUGGACGUCACGCACGCCGACAGGCUGCUGGAUCCGUUCCAGGUCACUGGUUUCCCCGUUUCGGGUGCCGUGAAGGAUGCAGGCGGAAAAGUUGAGAUCAAAGUCCUCGAAACAGGUUUCGAAACUGUCUCCGAUAAGGACGGAACCUUCCGACUCGGCUCCUUGCGCGGCGGGAAGUACACCCUGCAGUUGCGGAAGAACGGCCUUCAUUUCGAAAACAAGGUUAUCCACGUGGAUCCGUCGAAGGCUAGCUUGCCCGACAUCUUCCCGGAUAAGUUCGAAGUCUGCGGAGACGUUCGCGUUUCAGACUCCGUCGACAUCGAAAUCACGGAGGUAAAGUCGAACCAGAUUAUCAGAGCUCGCUCCGAGGUCAGUUCCGGACGUUUCUGCUCACUUCUGGUACGCGGCGAGCACAUAAUCAGACCAAAACAUUCGGUCCGGCUCUCUCCGUGGGAGGUGAAGAUCCAAGUUCCGCUCACCGAGGGUCAACGCCUCGUUUUCUCGCAGUUCUCCGCAGUCGUCAGAGGCAAGGUCGCGUGCUUGGGUAAAGUAUGUGCCGGAGUCAAGGUUGCCCUCAACGGCGCUUCUACAGCGAAAACGGUUGCCAACAGCGAUGGCAGUUUCAUGUUCAAGAGCGUCGAUCCGGGCACGUACGAGGUGUGCGUGUCGCACAGCAAGAGCUGUUUCGAGAAGGACUGCCAGCCGAUCACGGUGAUCGACCAGAACAUUGAGAACAUUCAGUUCGUACAGAGAGGCUACACCCUGCGUCUUGAGACUUCACACGAAACGGAACUUGAAGUCGCAGGGAACGUCAUCAAGGUAAACUCGGGCCUGUCGAGCCAUUGCAUAGCGGAAUCCAAGACGAUCCCGAUAAAAUCAGUGGGCUGCCAUAAGUUCGCCAAGGCCGACAAGCUCGUCUUCAGUCCGAACUCCGAAGAUACGGUCGUACUGAACGCCGAAUCGCAUCGCUUGAAAGUGGAAAUCAACUCGAAACUUCUCGUGGAAGACCUCAGACUGACGUGCAAGAAAGGCGAGGAGGUCCAAGUGGCCAAUCUCAAAGAAUACAAGAAAUCCGGAGACACCUAUAUAUACCUCACCGAGCUCUAUCAACCGAAGGGAGCCGAACUCAUCCUCGAGCCUCACAGCGAGUCCCUCGUGUUCAAACCCCCACAGCUCACGAUGCGAAUGCCAGAUGAUUGCAUCGCGAUCGCCAUUAGCGGCAGGACAGGAAUUUUCAUCGACGGAGCCAUCAAACCGGCCAUCGCCGGUGUGGAAGUGACCGUCUCGACUAAGGAAAACGCCAAACCGUGCAAAGCGAUCACUGACGUCCACGGAAAAUACCGUGCUGGACCUCUGGAAUCCCAAGAGUACACGAUCGAAGCCCAGAAAGAGGGUUACGGAUUCGAACGCAUCCCUAACUCGAACGACAUGACCGCAGUGAAAUACUCUCGGAUCGACAUCCGCGUAGUCGACGGAGAAACGAACGCGCCUCUCGCCGGCGCUCUCGUUUCGAUUGCCGGAGGUUCGGAGUACCGGAACACGACGAGAACAGGUGCUCAAGGCGAGCUGGCUCUGAUCAAACUGAAUCCCGGGGACUACUACGUACGGGUCAUGAUGAAAGAAUACAAAUUCGAGCCCUUGUCCACGAUGGUCUCGGUGAGCGAGAACAGCGAGGAACUUCUCUCGAUUAAAGGGAAGAAAGUUGCUUACUCGGUCAUGGGAAAGGUGACAUCGAUCACUGGAGAGGCCGAGCAAGGGGUCGGUCUCGAAGCAAUAAGCGAAAAAUGCGACAGACACGAAGAGGAUGGAAUAAGCGACAGACUCGGCCAAUUCAGAAUUCGCGGUCUGCGGGAAGGCUGCACGUAUGAGAUCCGUUUGAAAAAACGCAGUGACGACGCGUUGCCGCACUUCGACCGCUUUCUCCCAGCGACGCAGAGUGUCAGCAUUCAGCGUUCCGAUAUCACCAUGGACUUGAUAGUCGUCCGACCGUUGAAGAGCACGACUCUGAGCGUGGCUCUCCGUGCCGACCCCGCAAUACUUCCGACGUUACGGGUCUCCGUGUGGAACGGGGGUCGACAGUUGUACAGUCAUCGCGGUGCGAGAUUCCUCACCUUCCCGCAGGAUAUUCCGCUGGACGGGUCGAAGUACCACAUCGAGUUACACCAUCAGAACGCGAAGCCUCCGCCGCAUAUGAGUGUCAUCUGGAUCAACGACGUGAACAACCUCACAGAUUUCACUUCGCCGGCGUUCUUCACAGAAAAGCCCUAUCACCACCUCGAACUCGAGAUCCAGGUUGACGAAAAAACGGCGGCUGGUCACGGCCAGACACCCGCUCCGGCAUCCCCGUUCGUCGCUGUUCUCUCCGUGUUCGUCGCAUUGGCUAUUUUUUACCGAAAGGAGCUUGGGGAUCUACUCCGACAUCGUCAAGACAGCUCGCCCGCUGCUGGGGAUCGUCGAAAGAACAAAAGUCGCUGAAUAAUAGAUAGAUUCUGUCUAGCCUAAUAUAUUAUACGGAAAUACGUCUCUGACGGCAGCACCAAUUGGGCUGGAGUCGACAUUGACGUCGACGAUUGACCUCGUCAAGCUGUGAACGCAGGAAUUCGACUUACCACGGGCCCCACCAAAUCUUCCCGGGAGACCCCGAAUGCCCAGGGUCGACGCUAUUGUCGUCUGACUUGCCAUCUGGGUUGCAGAUCCGAACAAUUCGCCGGACUCAGAUCGUAUUUUUAUUGGAACACCUACUCCGACGAGGCAGGAAGCGGAAUGCUGACGAUUCGCGCGCUGCCUUGAUAUCUUGGUUGUUAGUACGUUAGUAGUUGAAUGAGACGGACAUCCUUCGAGGGUGUCAGAUACGAAAAAGUUGAUUCUUUCCGUGUUUUUGUUUGACAGCGCGACUGAGAGUAAGAUUGCGGUUCGAGUCGAUGGAGCUGCUGGGAUAACAUUCUCAGUCAUGUCUCGGUAUCGAGUGACGGUUGCAAUGAGAAUCGAUGGGAUGAAAAUGGACUGAACAUCGAUUCAAAGCAUGCGAAGAUAUAUUUCUAUAGUUUUUGAUACACCUUCGAUCGCACGAUACGAUCUUGAUCUCCGUCGGAAAAGAUCGUUGAUGACAUGGCUCAAUAAAGGAGACGAACUUGGAGAA